UUGGUUUACUUUGGUGCUGAGGCUUGAUUGAAGCUACAGCUUACCCUACUCUAUGAUGAGCUUACUUAUGUGCCCCUCUUCUUAGUCUUUACUGCAUUAGUUGGGUUCAAUCUACUCCUACAUAAAUAGAACUAGGAGGUUCGUUCCACUAUUGUCUCCCCAAACGUUCGAGGACUAGCGGAAUGCACCUAUGCAAUCUAUCCCAGUUUAAGAGGAAUGUGAACAAAUACUUUCACUUUUUCUUGUUUUUCGUUUUCUUGUAGCAUUCACCCCCAGGGGUCCUAAGCAGUUGUGUUUUCAUUAAAAAAAACCCCACUCUUUCACAACAGACUACAGAAAUUACGGCAAACUUUCCUAACGUGAUGGCAGAGGAAACAGCAUUAGGUUUCUCAUCAUUGGUUGGUGCCAAAGUAUCGGACGGUCUGCUAAGCUUGGCUAUUGCAGUCGGGAAGGACACUGGACUAUUCGAUGUCAUGAUUUCUUUCCAUCAACCCAAGACUUGUCAGGAGAUUGCAGACGCUGGCAAGUACAAAGAGAGGUAUGUCAAAGAAUGGCUAGGAGCAAUGGUAUCUGGAAAGAUUGUCUCUAUGGAUGUCUCUGCAGAGAAAUACUGGAUUCCCAAUCAUCACAAGUGUGUCUUUCAGACUGGAAGUAAACUGCAUAAGGCAGUUGUAGAAACGCUUGGUGUGCCGAUGUUGUGUACGGCAUUCUAUGAUCUGAUUGAGUGCUUUAAGCUCAGCGGGCCCAAAGGUGUUUCUCUUGCUAAAUACAGCCAGUUUAAUGAAUACAUUAAUGGACGGAACUCCAUAUGGUUCAACCACUUCCUUGUUGGAAGCCUCAUUUCAAGUGUUCCUGGACUGGUCAAGAAACUUGAGCAAGGAAUUUGUGUCUUGGAUGUUGCAUGUGGUGAAGGAGCAGCAGCCAUCACUAUGGCCAAACACUUCCCUAACUCUCAAUUCAUCGCCUUUGACUUUGAUGAUUCUGCAAUACGUACAGCACAGGGUAGAGCAAGCCAAGAGAAUCUGACCAAUGUACAGAUGGUAUGCUGUGAUGGUGCGGCCCUGCCGGCAGACUGGACAGGGAAGUUCCAGUACAUCUUCAGUCGGUCUGGUAUCCAUGAUCAGCCACGAGCUAGCCUUGGUUUGAAGGAGCUCCACCGAGUCUUAGCCAAGGAUGGCGCCGUGUCAAUGUUAGAACCAAAGUGCCACUCCAAUAUUGCAGAUAAUAUCAACACUGAUGGUGCUUCAGCACUGUAUGCAUUCAGCUUGAUGAAUUGCUUACCCUUGUCAUUAAACUGUGAAGGGAGUGAGGGACUUGGAGCAGCCUUUGGGAUAGAGGUCGCGACCUCCAUGGUACAGGAUAGUGGGUUUGUGGUUAAAUCGGUUACUGAUGUCGAGGGUGAUGGCAUGAUGCAUAUAUAUUGCCAGAAAAAGGAGGCGGAACCAACAGGCACUGAGGAGGAUAAAUUUAACAAAACUCAAGAUGUGAGUCUGGAUGACCAAGAUGAAGAAGCAAAAGAGCUUGCCUCUCUCAUCGAGGCCAAGUCAUGUGGUGCGUAUGUCUGUCUGGCCAUCGCUCUCGGGAUGGACACUGGACUAUUUGAUGUCAUGAUUGCUCUCGCUCAGCCUAAGACAUGUCAGGAGAUUGCAGAUGCUGGCAACUUAAAAGAGAGGUAUGUACGAGAAUGGCUCGGAGCCAUGGCAUCAUCAGGAAUUGUCAUUAUGGAUACAUCUGAAGAGAAGUUCUGGGUAUCGGAGCACCAUGUCCCUGUCCUACAGAGGGGAGGCAAGUUGAGUAGGUUGGCUAUGCAAACACUGUGCAUCCCUAUGCUGUCUGAGGGAUACAGGAGUGUAGUUGACUGCUUCAAGCUGGAUGGACAACAAGGUGUUUCUCCAGGAACAUACAGUCACGGCAACCAUUACAUCAACGGCAAGAACUCAGUUUGGUUCAACCACUUUCUGGUCAACUCCUUCAUUCCAAAAGUUCCUGGGCUACAAAAGAAAAUGGAGCAUGGAAUAUGUGUCUUGGAUGUUGCAUGUGGUGAAGGAGCAGCAGCCAUCAUGAUGGCCAAACACUUCCCUAACUCACAAUUCAUCGCCUUUGACUUUGCUGACUCUGCGAUCUGUACAGGCCAAGAGACAAUAAGCAAGUCAAAUCUGACCAAUGUCCAGAUGGUAUGCUGUGACGGUGCGGCCCUGCCGACAGACUGGACAGGGAAGUUCCAGUACAUCUUCAGUCGGUCUGGUAUCCAUGAUCAGCCACGAGCUAGUCUAGGUCUCAAGGAGUUAAACCGAGUGUUAUCAGAUGACGGCCUUAUGUCUGUAUUAGAGCCAAAUUGCCACUCUAGUAUCAGUGAGAACAUAAACUUACCUGGUGCUCCGAGUCUGUAUUCAUUCAGCUUAAUGAACUGCUUACCGGUGUCGCUCAGCUACGAUGGAAGUGAGGGCCUUGGGGCAUCGUGGGGUCAAGAGAAAGCAACUUCUAUGCUUCAGCAAAGCGGCUUUACAAUAAAAACUGUUUCUGAUGUUGAAGGUGAUAAGAACAUACAUUUUCUUUGUCAGAAAUCUCUGUCAAACUAACUGCAACAAUCUAAUUCUGAAAUGUUAUAUAUUAAAUUUGAGCCUGUGUACACUGCUAUUAUCAUUGCAUGUUUAUUUGUAAUUGCCACUUAAAUAGGGAAAUGACAUUGAAAGUUGAGACAACUGAACACAUCAGCCAUGAUGUCAAUUUGAUGUGACGUCUUUAACUACGGCUUUGGCUCUGGCGUGGGCUCAAUCCAUAUAGCCUGUUUGAAGCCUUCUAUUAGUAAAGCACGGGCCUCCUAAUUAAUCCAAAGAGCCCAGUCACAAGCCCAAGCAGUGGUUCCAAAAAUGACCUAUCAUCAUGUUGAGAAAUAUAAAGGGCUAAUUUGGUGUUUGAAAGCUCAAAAGCUCUUCUCAUUUAUUAGAUGAGCAUUUAUUAGAUGGUUUUGGCAUGGAGUCACAUUUGAUGUUGUCUGUGCAUUGAUAUGAUCAUGGCUUGAAGUGAAUUUUGACUUGCUCUAUCUGUCUCCUCAAACCUUGUCCUCUGAAAUUUUAUAUAAAAAUUUAUACAACUCAUAGAAUGUCUAUUGGGAAAAGCUGCUUAAAAAGCGACAACAAUUUAUUCUUAAAUUAGUUUUUAAUCGAAUGGAGUAAACUUUUACCAUGACAGUAUCCUUACAUUAUCAGUGGAGGUUCCAGUCUGUUUUAACAUAUUUUAUACCAACAUUUAUAAAACUUAUAAAUACCUUAGGGAAAAUUUGCUUGAAAAGUAAACACAAAUAUAUUCAGGCUUAAACUUUUGUAAAUCAAAUGGAAAAGAAACCCAGGUUGCUCUCUGCGCCGAAACUUACAUUGGUGGAGGCUACAGUUACGUCUUUCGGAAAAUGUUUUAUCAAAUUAUAUAUAAAAUUAUAAAUAGGCUCUGCGGAAAAGCUGCUCAGUAAAGUAGCAAGGUUUAUUCAGGCUUAAAUUUUAAAUAAAAAUGGAAUAAACUUAUUUGGUACAACCGCUGUGGAAGCUGUAAGCUGACGUGUCUUUUGGGGGCGUGGAAAUAUACAAUAUGUUACGAAUUUAAAUUAUUUGAACUAGUUUUAUUCAUCA